UCCACAUUAAUGAGAUUAACCCGCCUUUCUCUCAGAGGCUGUGGCGCGUUUGCCGGAUGAUUUAAGAUCCGCAGACCCUCUCGAGGCUCCACUGGAUAGAAACAUGUCGAGGAUGAAUAGUGAUCAGCUACAUUCCUCCACCUUGAGGAUUUACUCGAACCUGAUGGAUGAGUUCAACCCAGGCCUGAAGAAAUUGGUUUCACUGGGAAACAGCUACGUCCGAGCUUUCAAGGCUCUGGCAGAAACAAGCGAGGCCUACUUCAGUGCACUGUCAAAGAUCGGAGAGAAGGCUUUUUACACCGUGUCCUCACGCUCCCUCGGAGAUGUCCUGCUUCAGAUCUCCGAGAGCCAGAGAAGACUGACGCUGGAGCUGGAUGGAGUCUUCCGCUGGUUCAGUGCGGAGGUUCUGCAGGAGAUGGACAACAACGUUAGACUGGACAAAGAUUACAUCUCAGGCAGCAGGAAUCAGUACGAGAUGGAAGUCCACAACCAGGAAGCAGCUCUGGAGCGACGUCUGAGCAGAGGAAACUACAAGGACUGUUCAGAGUACGUGGAGUUCCUCAGGGAGAGCCACGGAGAGGCUCUGAAGGAGGAGGAGAGGAGAUACCGCUUCCUGGCUGAGAAACACUGCGCGAUGAUACAGUCCAUCGGCCAGCUCAUGGAUAAGAUAGGUGGUUCUCUCCAGCAGAGAGGUGACACCUGGACAGAGGAGGUGAACGCCACCAGACAACCUGAAGCCAGACGUCCAGCGGCCGUGGAGAACACUGUGAGGCAGGAGGAGACCAGAAGGAGCAGAGAGGAGCCGCCCCUCGGCAGAAUACCAUCAAGGGCCCCGUCUCCCCAGGGAAGCAUUUAUCGCUCUGCGGCAGACUCGGUGGGGGGUGGCGGCGCUGGAGGAAGAUCUACAAGGGCCCUGGUUUCCCACCAACCCACUGGCUCCAACCCCACCUUGCUGCCCUUCACCAGGGGAGAGAUAAUCACUGUGAUGGUCCAGCAGCCGAGGAACGGCUGGUUGUACGGACGAGCGGACGACAGCUCGCGUCAGGGAUGGUUUCCAGCUGCUUUUGUGGAACCAGUGGAUGAUCCUUUCAAGUCAACCAGCUCCAGCAACUCAACGCUCCGAAGCAGCAGCAGCAUGAGCAACCUGUUCGACCAACGGGGAAGCAGCAGCUACAGCGGAGCCGCGCCCCCUCCCGCUCCACCGCCACCCCCGCCAUUGUCACAAAUGUCUUCAAAUAAACACUCUGACAUGCAACUGAACACUCAGAACUGGUCCACUCCCAAAAGGAAUGAUGAGUCAAACUCACACAACAAAAAGAGAUCACAGCAACACGCAUCACAGCCCGAGCUCUUCCCGAGGGGAACCAACCCGUUUGCAACGGUGAAGCUGAAGCCCACCACCACCAACGACAGAUCCACCCCGCAGCUUAACCGCAUGUGACAUCUCAAUCCUUCACUCGUGUCCUUGGUGUGCAUAUACGGUAAAAAAAAGCUGGACCUUCGAUACUUUGACGUAAAGUCCAACUGCAGACGUGUACACACAAAAAACAGAGAAAGAGGGAAAAACGCUUGAAUAACAACUUUAGCGUUUUCUUGGAUUUGCACAAGGUUGUUAGACAUGUAUUCCCCAGAUCUUUGUAAACUAACAACAUAAUACUCGAAGCAGGCAGGUUUUCUGCUCUGUGGUUUGUAAAAUAAUAAGUAAACUAAUGAUCUAACCUGGUCCUGAAUCACCGUUCCUCCUCAGACGUCUGAUUUGUUGGCACUGAAAUGUUUUCAAAUAAAGAUAUGACAUGGGAAUGAUUUGAAUAUUGGCCAUUUGGCAACAAACAAUUAAACUCUGUGAUAUGAUGCUCAUAACUUGUUUAUGUGCAGCAUGAGCCGUGUUUUUCUGUAUGUGAGAUGUGUAGUUUAUUGCUCAGUGCUGGAUAAUUUAUUCCAUGAAAGAUAUGAAAAGGUUUUAAUGAUCUUUUCCAUGUUUUAUAUUUUUGUAAUGUUCCCAUCAUUUAUUCCUACAUCGGCCACAUGUGAAUUAAGCUGAUUGCUAAAUAUUAAUUGCAUAACAAAUGUACUAAUAAAAAGCUUGGAGGAAAAUGAUAAUGUAACCUGUGGCAGUAAAAAUGUGUCUGAGGCAGAGAUGUAAUGAAAAAUGCAACAAAGUCA